UUGGAAAGAGGCCUGACCUGACCUGUUAGUGCUAGUUUCAACUCAGUUUCAAUAUGUUCACACGAAUUGAAGUGUUGAACCCAUCUCUGGUUGAUUGGCAUAAAGUCAAUCUUAAAGCUAGACUCUUUCACACAAUAAAUGAGAGAUUGUGUGUAAGGGUUUUCAACCAAACAAAUGAAAUAGAGUAGAGAUAAAGAGUAGAGGAUGCUCUUUUAAGAGUCUAGUUAAAGAAGACACAGGCCAGUCCAGCAAAGAAAUGGAGGAGAGAAGGCCUAAAGAUAGCCCAGAUUCAGACCAACCUUAAAUCGUUGGGUGAAGGUCCCCUCAAUCUUAGGAGAGAUCCACGCACACCAUCGGCUUUCAAUUCACCUUCGAAAUCCAGAUCUGUCGAAGAAAAAGGACAUUUCCGGCGAGCAUCUGCUUCAGUGAGGUAGGACUCCAUCAGACCGUCACAAAUCCAUAUCAAGAUCCAUCAUGAGCGUACAAAUCCUCCAUGACCUUUCCAGAGCAGGGGACCAAACUUCCAAAAAUCAACCUCAAGCAGUACAUACAGUAAGUAGGGUGGUGAAGCCAUUACACCGAUUCUACCAAGUCAAGAAUUCUAAGCGGCUAAAACGGAAGAGAGGAGCUGAAACGGUAAGGGGUUCAAGGAAAUAAAUGAAACAGAGUACAUAUAAAAGAGCGUGGACUUUCCUCCGUAAGGUUAUAACGUUAAAGUCGCGAGCAGGUCAGCAAUGUACCACAAAAGAUAUGUUUGACAGGAAGCCGCAGAGCUGUACAAACGUGGCAAACGCUGAAUUCAAUAUGUUUGACAGGAAGCCGCAGAGCUGUACACGUCGAUUAUUGCUAUUCCUACAUCGCACGUCCGUGUUACCGGCCGUCGUCAUCUUACUACUCCUGUGCUUCACCGUCUGCUCUGCUCCAUCGGAAACCAAAAUGAGAUAAGAAAAUAACUCGGAGUCAUCAACCGGUCGGGGACCAAUGAAUGAAGAUGAGGUGCAAAGGUUGGAUUAUUCAUGAAUAAUGAAAAGGUCGGAUUAUUAAAAGAAGACCGCUAAAAGGGAAAUACAUGCAAAAAUGUCUGGAAUAUAUCAUACCAACAUGCUCGGGCUCAGUCCCGGACCCUUAGUUCUACUAGCGGGAAGAUGGAUCCUAGAAAUAAAGGUGAAUGUUUGGAGAGGGAAAACAACGUUUCAGCUUGCGAAUGUGGGUUUGCAUUAUUGGACUCUUGCUUCUUUAGUGACAAAAAGAUGCUUGAGAUUGAAAAGGGUGCAAAGGAAUUAAAUACUCCUAUCAUACGAGCCAACCGGGAGUUAGUUGCAUCUGUCAAUGGAGGGUUGCAUAAUCCAUCUCCUUUGGUUUUCAAUGCUGCUUGGAGUGACCUACAUUUGCAGCACAUGACAACAAGUAGAUUUUCUUAUCCGUCUCCCUCUGAUGUACAAAGGCCGGAAAAUGACGAAGAUAUUGCCUUUAUGAGUAUUCCGGAAUUGGGGGAACUCAUUAAAACAAAACAAGUUACAUCCGUGGAGCUUACUGGUAUCUUUUUGAAACGAUUAAAGAGGUAUGGUCCUGUCUUGGAAUCUGUGAUCACACUUACCAAAGAAUUAGCAUAUCAACAAGCUAAAGUGGCAGAUCAGCUGCUUGCAAAAGGAGAAUAUUUGGGUGCUCUUCAUGGGAUUCCUUAUGGUUUGAAGGAUAUUAUUUCAGUCCCUCAGUACAAGACAACAUGGGGAUCCAAAACUUAUAUUAAUCAGACUCUUGAUAUUGAAGCAUGGGUUUAUAAAAGGUUAAGAUUUGCUGGGGCAGUGCUUGUAGCAAAGCUGGUCACAGGAUCAUUAGCAUACGAUGACAUCUGGUUCGGUGGAAGGACAAGAAACCCAUGGAAUAUUCAUGAAUUUUCCACCGGUUCAUCAGCGGGACCCGCUGCUUGCACCUCUGCAGGUUUAGUACCAUUUGCAAUUGGUUCAGAAACAGCGGGGUCCAUUACCUAUCCUGCUUCCCGUUGUGGUGUCACUGCCAUUCGUCCUUCUUUUGGAUCGAUCGGUCGAACUGGAGUUAUGAGCAUAUCCGAGAGCCUGGACAAAUUAGGCCCUUUCUGUCGAGAUGCUGCAGAUUGUGCGAUCAUUUUGGAUGCAAUCCGGGGUAAGGACCCUAAUGAUCCGUCGUCCAGGGAUAUUCCACUGUCUGAUCCAUUUUUGGUUGAUGUCAAGAUGCUCACUGUUGGGUAUCUAAAGGAUGCUGAUAUGGAGGUUGUUGAUGUACUUUUGACAAAAGGAGUCAAAAUGAUUCCAUUCGAACUAAACUACACUGUUGAGUCAGCACAAGGCAUACUUAAUUUUACAAUGGAUGUUGAUAUGCUGUCUCAUUUCGAUGAAUGGCAGCGAUCAAACAAGGAUGAUGAGUAUGAGGCUCAUGACCAGUGGCCCCUUGAGCUUCAGCGAGCACGAGUUAUAUCUGCAGUGGAUUAUAUUCAGGCACAAAGAGCUAGAUGGAAAUUGAUUCAGGAAGUGAAAGAGAGUUUCAAAGUGGAUGCUUUAAUUGGAAAUGCAACUGAUUGGGAGAAAGUGUGUGUCGGAAAUCUCGUGGGCAUGCCUGUGGUUGUUGUCCCAACUGGGUUUAAGAAGAUAUCUAGUUCACCUUUGAAUGAUACUCCGCGAAGAACUACAAUCACCACUGGCAUUUAUGCUCCACCUGACCAUGACCAUAUUGCAUUGGCAUUAGCAAUAGCUUACCAGAGUGUCACUGAUCAUCACAAGCGACGUCCACCGAUAGAUCAUCUUGGACCAAAUGACGUCGUCCCCAGUCCACCUUCACCCCCUAUCCCGGCACGACAAUUGCGUGCCUAUUAGGUCCAACUAUGUUGUUGAUAGGUAAUCCUAUCCAUAUACCAAGGUUAAACAUGGGUUGGUCUUACUAUUGUUGCACCUAUCAUAUGAAUAUUAAGAAGUGUUUUGACUCUAUGGGCCUCACAAUAUUGUUUACAAGCUUUUGUGGCAUUUUUUGGAUGGGAAGACAAGCAAAGCAUGAUAAUGAUACGCUAAGGCUAAAAUAAAGAGGACGAGUAAUUUAAUCAUGCA